AUGACUCAAGACUCGUCCUCUUCACCAGGAGGCUCUGCGCACGACCCGGUGGCAGGACCUUCGUCCUUGCCCACCGACGCCGCCUCUUCCCCAUCUGUUCCCGCAACCGGAAUGCCGUCGCCGGAACAACUUGCCGCAGACCCCAACGCAACCGAUGCACAGAUCCCCACACCUCCGCCGUUCUACCACUCUGCAUCGCAGGCCGCGUCCGCCUCCAUCGCUGCGAUACGCUCGUCGCUGCACAAGUUCCCCACGCCCAUCCUCAAGAUCCAGCGCGUCAACCAGCUCGACGCCGAGCUGCUCGACCGCGAACUCGCCGAGCUGCUGCUCGAUCCGGUCAAGAAGGCGCUCGGCACGAUCAGGUCGACGCUCGCGUCGGAUGCGGAGCCCGAGCUGCUGCUGCUGCUCAAGCUUGCGCUAUUCAAGUUCAGCAUCGUCGAUCGCGGCGCAUCGUACGGGUCGAUGCUGCAGAAUCUCAAGUACCGCAACGAGUGGGCGCACCGCGGCGCGCUCCAGUCGACCGCGCGCGAUCAGCCGCUCUCGCGACUCCAGCUCGCGCUCUAUCCGCUCCUCACCAUUGUGGCACCCUACCUUGGAGCCAAGUGGCAGGGCCAUAUGACGUCGCUCUCCUACUCGGACAUGCCCAACAACGACCCGCGCCGGCUGCUCUGGAAGCUCACCGACGCCUCGCAGCGCGUCUGGUCCGCACUGGUGCUCGUCAACUUUGCCGUCUUUCUCGCCGAUGGCAGGUUCAGGAGCGUCGCAGACAGGCUGCUGGGCAUGCGGCUCACCUACUCGCAGCGCACCAUGAACCGCAACGUCUCGUUCGAGUUUCUCAACCGCCAGCUGGUGUGGCAUGCAUUCACCGAGUUCCUCCUCUUCCUCCUGCCGCUCGUCCGUCCAAAGCGCUUGUUCAGGCGGAUCAUGAAGCUGCCCACACAUCCGAAGCUGCUUGCGGUCGUGUUUCGUUUCCUUCCCUACGCGGUCAGCCAUCGCCUCGGCAUCAGGCAGGAUGCAGCGGGCAGGACGAGGUUCAACAAGGACGCCGUCUCGAUCCCGGGCGCGCGGGCGGUGCUCGGUUCGCGUCGGUCCGUGUCGGAAAAGGCAGCGCUCGAGCGCGAGUCGACACUGGGGCCGUACGCGCAGCUGCCGGUCGAGGUGUGCGCCAUCUGCUACCAGCGACUCGAGGCGCAGUCGGGGCUCAGCCGCGACCCGACCAAGCUCGGCACGGGCGGGCUGAGUAUGGGCAUCCCCACGUCCGAUCCGCUCGACCCCAGCUCAGGGUUGCUCGCGCCCAACCGCACGCGCUCCGCAUCGCAGCCGCUCAAUGCCGCGACGGGCAGUGGCGGGGAUCCGGCGCGCAAUGCGGUGCUGGGCGUAUCGCCCGAUGGUAUUGCGUAUGCAGACGCCAUCGUGACUACGCCGUACGAGACCGUGCCGUGCGCGCAUGCGUACUGCUACGUGUGCAUCGCAAAACAGCUGCUCGACGACGAGAUGGAGGACGAGCUGGAUGAAGAGGACGACCAGGGUCGUAGGGGGUGGAAGUGUCUGCGCUGCAACACGCGCGUCAGGCAGACAAGGAGAGCCGUCCCCCAGUCACACCAAGAGGCAGAGGAUGAGGAGGAUCGAGGAGAAGAGACGGAUGACGAGGCCGAGUAG